UUACUGCUCGCGUGUCAAAACGAUUAACAUUGUGUUUAUCGGCAUUCAUUCGGCGAAUAACACUUUACUUACAUAGAAUAAAAAGUUGAGGAUUUCAGAAUAUAACUCAAUUUUUGUCAAUGAUAAGUCGUAUUAAAUAAACUUAGAUAAUUGAAAUAGAAAUUCACCUUGUUUUUGUGAUCGAAACCUAUAUAAAUGGCAGAUGUUGCGGAAAAAGUGUUGCAAGAAACAGUUGAAAAUGCAACUGAAACAUUAUCGGGAGUAAAAACACUCGCUCCAACACCCGAGGGUGCAGCGGUGGCUUAUGGAAGCCUAAUUAUAAUGGCAAUGUUGCCAAUUUUUUUUGGCGCAUUGAGAUCUGUUAAGCAUCAAAAAGACCAAAAGGACUCUGGCAAAAAAUUGGAGCGAAUGAAUUCGAAAGAUGCUAUGAUGUUUCCAAUCAUUGCAUCAGUGGCACUCUUUGGACUAUAUGUCAUAUUCAAACUGUUUUCCAAAGAUCACAUCAACUUAUUGCUGACCGCAUAUUUCUUCUUUUUGGAAGUGCUCGCAUUGGCUCAUUUAUUGAGCCCGGUCAUUGGAUCUCUAAUUCCAUCUAGCAUUCCGAAUAUUCCGUUUCACAUUGGUUUUACGAAGGGAAAGGGAAAUCAAAAGCAAGAUCUUAUUGACUAUGAUUUCACAACGCAUGACAUUGUUUGCUUGAUCAUAGCCCUAAUCAUUGGAGUUUGGUAUUUAUUGAAAAAACAUUGGAUCGCCAACAAUUUGUUUGGUGUUGCAUUUGCUGUUAAUGGCGUCGAGCUACUACAUUUGAACAACGUCGUAACGGGACUGAUUCUGCUAUCUGGAUUGUUCGUGUACGAUGUAUUCUGGGUGUUUGGAACUAAUGUGAUGGUCACUGUUGCAAAAAGUUUUGAUGCGCCCAUCAAACUAGUUUUCCCACAGGAUCUGCUGGUGAAUGGCUUCAACGCGACGAAUUUUGCCAUGCUUGGACUGGGAGACAUUGUGAUUCCAGGCAUUUUCAUUGCACUGCUUCUUCGAUUCGAUAAUAGCCUGAAACGAAAAUCAAGAACGUACUUCUACACAGCCUACAUCGCAUACUUCUUGGGUUUGAUGUUGACUAUUUUGGUUAUGCACAUAUUCCGACAUGCACAGCCGGCUCUUCUGUACUUGGUCCCAGCCUGUGCUGGUGCUCCUUUGUUGAUUGCAUUGAUCAAAGGAGAUUUGAAGGUUCUUUUCGCGUAUCAAGAUAAUCCCGAUGAGAAAAAAUCAUCAAAGAAGAACAAAGAUCAAAACAGUAGCGCAAACAACACCAACCAACAAAGUAGUAAAGAAUCGAAGAAAAAAGAUGCGAAGAAGUCGAAAUAAAGUUUUAUAAUAUCCGAAAUAAUUAAAUCAAUCACAACACAUUGAAUGUAACUCGAAAAGAGCCAUUUAUAUGUUUCAGAAAUACCGCCAGUUAGGUUUUUAACGUAACAUGUCUAUGUCAAAGCACACACACUGUAAUCGUUUUAAUUUAUUGCAAAUAAAAAUAAAUGAUAUACGAUCAUCAAAAACCCAUGUAAA